GACCGCGUGGAGGGCGGAGCGCGCCUCCUCGGCAGGGCUGGUUCUCGCGGACCCCGGUGCUCGGGCUCUCAGGCGUGCGGUGCCCUUUGCCUGCCAGCCGCCACUGGAGCCGCACGGUUGUGUCCAAGCCGCGAGACUUAGUGAGGAGGAUUUCCCCAAUAUAAUUAGAUCUGAUGGCUGGGAAUAGAGGAAGAGGACGUGCUGCCUACACCUUUAAUAUUGAAGCGGUUGGAUUUAGCAGAGGCGAUAAGUUACCGGAUGUAGUAUUGAAACCACCCCCACUAUUUCCUGAUACAGAUUAUAAGCCAGUACCACUGAAAACAGGAGAAAGUGAAGAGUAUAUCCUGGCCUUGAAACAAGAAUUGAGAGAAACAGUGAAAAGAAUGCCUUAUUUUAUGGAAACACCUGAAGAAAAGCAAGAUAUUGAAAGAUACAGUAAAAGAUACAUGAAGGUAUACAAAGAAGAAUGGAUACCAGAUUGGAGAAGACUCCCAAGAGAAAUGAUGCCCAGGAAGAAAUGCAAAAAAGCAGGCUCCAAACCCACAAAGAUGAAAGAUACAGACAAAGGCACUUCACUCACUAAUACUGCAGAUGUAUUGAAAAAAAUCGAGGAAUUGGAAAAGAAAGGUGAUGGUGAAAAAUCCGAUGAGGAAAAUGAAGAAACAGAAGGAAGCAAGGAGAAAAAUAAAGAAGAUGAAGACGACGAAGAUGACGCUGCAGAACAAGAGGAAUAUGAUGAAGAAGAACAAGAAGAGGAAAAUGAUUACAUAAAUUCAUACUUUGACAAUGGAGACGAUUUUGGCGUAGACAGUGAUGACAAUAUGGAUGAAGCAACCUACUAAACACUGUGGACAGUCUAGAGAAAUACUUCCAAGAUAUGCCCUCUGAAGGUUUGCAGGCUUGGUUUCUAUUUCUGACGGUGAAUGAGAAAGUAUUUCAUUUUCGUUGCUGUUUUGUUGGAUAAGUAUUUGUUACUGAAACAGAAGAACCACUUUGAGUUUACAUACUGAUUUCCUUACCCAUUAAUGUCGCUGAUAUGCUGAUGUUCCUUCUCAAUUCCUCCGUCAGCCUUCGUGUUUAUUCAAGUAGUUUUUUUAUUAUUUGGAUUCAAACUGCCUGAAAAGGUUUUUUUGUAUCUUUUACUGUAUAUUCAUGAUUGAAAAAACUAUUCUUGUUCAAUUACUGAUCUUUUGUAAAACUAUUACUAGUGAUCAUAGUCAAUCUCUGUCAUCUGAAAGUUGAUUUAAUAUUGCACAUGCAGCACUUUAAAAGAAGCUUGAAAAUAAUCUUUUUUAUUUCUACUUGGUACUUAAUGACUACAUACAUCUACAAGGAAGGCCGGCCAUUCAGUGUUACUGCACAUACAGGAAGCCCUGAGUUAUUCUUGAGCUUUACAUUAAAGACAAAACAAAAGACCAAAUUAAGUUCUAUAUAGUUCUCACUGCAGAAUGCAUGUGUGAAAUUUCUGAGGCACCUGUUACAUUUCACAGGACUCACAGCUAUCUGAUAUAUAUAUAUAUAUAUAUAUAUAUAUAUAUAUAUAUAUAUACACACAAAGCAAAGUAAGACUCAGGUUAUUUUGAAAUAAGAUUAAUCUUUUUUUUUCUUCAAUUAAAAAGUAUCUCCCUCUGCCUUUUUAUAUUUUGGGGAGAAAAAUACCUAGUAGCCUCUGUCUCCAAAGAUUCACAGAUGCCAAAGAAUUUCAAGAAAAAUUCAUUCUAUAUUUUUAAUGAUAUUCACCAAAAGGAACCAAUUUAUUUUUCUCUUUGGAAAGGCACCACUCAUUGCCCAGUAAUUUGAGAAUUUGAGUGCUAAAUUCUAUGCCUACCUUUACUGUUAAACUUAG